GUGGGAGUGUAAUGAGGCAGGUUGAAGCUUUCACGUCACAGUCGACAGGAGACGUCGGAGGAGGAGGAGGACAAACUGGACCCGCAGCUCGUUUAGUUUGUCUCGGGUUCAACAUGGCGGCGCGGGGCAGGAAGAAAUGGGUCGUUCCCCAGAGGAGUGAUGGAAAUAAACUGAGUGUCCGUCCUCCCGACGGAAAGAAGGAGAGAGAUCUGGCGGUUCCUUUCAGAGGUCCCAUCACAGGUGGGAUGCGUCCGGGGAAGAAGGUUCUGGUGGUGGCUGUCGUGGACUCGUGUCCCGACAGGUUCUAUGUCGCCCUGACAUGUGGACCUGGAUCCGGGGAGCCUCCGCCCGAUGUGGCCCUGGAGCUCUGCGUUCGAUUCGGGGACCGGCAAGUCCUGCGCAGGGCCUGCGUGGCCGGAUCCUGGGGGGACGCCGACCGGGCCGUGCCUUUCUUCCCCUUCAUCACAGACCAGCCGUUCAAGAUGGAGAUCCACUGCGAACAGAGUCGGUUUCGCGUGCUGGUGGACGGCCAGAAGCUGUUCGACUUCCACCACAGACUGACGGCGCUCGGCGACAUCGACACGCUGUGGAUCAGAGGCGGAGUCACCGUCACCAAACUGGCCUGACGCGAAGGGACC